CAGCAAGCAGCACUAGUAGCUAGCUAGCACCACUACCAUCACACUUAGAGGUUAUACAGACAGACAAACAGAGCAGUUCAAUCAACCUACAGACGUUCCAAUGGAAAUUUCAAGACAACUCAGUGACAAUGUGAUAGCCUUGGCUUUGCUGCUCUGUAUGGGUGCACAGGUGAGGCCAAACUACUAUUCUGCUCUUCUGCUCUUCUCUUUGUGUGUAUCUGGAGGUGAACUGGACCUGUAGCUUACACCUGCUGCUCAGGAUGUGGAGAUCAAUGAGACUGCAUUCCGUUGAUUGAUUCCAUUGAUUCCACGGAAAGAUCUAUCAGAAGCUUUCAGGUGGCUCUGGUUGAAGAUUAAACUGAAUCUGAAGGGUUGAUUGUUUUGAUAGAACUGAUUUGUAUGUUGUUGUUGUUUUUAUUUGUAACUUACUCUAUAGCCAGUUUAUAAUAUUUGUAACUUCAUCUAUAGCCAGUUUAUAAUAUUUGUAACUUACUCUAUAGCCAGUUUAUAAUAUUUGUAACUUACUCUAUAUCCAAUCUAUAAUAUUUUUUUACUUACUCUAUAGACAAUUUAUAAUAUUUGUAACUUACUGUAUAGCCAAUAUGUAAUAUAUGUACAAGGUGCUAGCUAUUCAUGGCAUGAUGUAACAGUAUUGUACACUGCUAAGUACUUUAGCAUUUUGUGUUUUGUCAUCUAGAAAUUGGCAUUUAUUACACUUUACACAGAUCAUCAUGAAUAUUAAUGAUAAAUAUUUAUAAAUAUUGAUGAAUGAUGAAUAUUGUGAAUGUUUGAUGUUGUAUUGCAGAGUUGCCAUAGAGAAUAUUUUGAGUCCAUGGGGGAAUGACAUUGCUCCACCAGUGAAUAAUUGAGUCCAGUAUGUCCAAAGGCUGGCUGCUGUGGGUUGGCUCCAUUAACUGCAUGUAAUUGAAAACAGGACUAUUUUGACUAGACAAUGUUGGACAUAGUGUUCCCCAAACAAAGUACUUCUACCAAAUAUUACUGUGCUUGCAAUUGGUCAAGGAAAGGCUGUUUUAUUUCAGAACAUAACUGCAGCAUUUGUUAACUAUGGUGAUGAGGAUGAUGAUGAAGACCAUGAUGAUGGAGAUGAUGACAACAGCAACAACAACAACCAAUUGUUCUCCUACUCCUCUUGCUCUAACCUCAGCCUGCUUUAACCUCUAACCUCCAACCUUUGCCCCCUGUGUUACUCUAGGUGUAUUGUCAGCUGUGCCCAGGACCAUGCCAGUGCCCCAGCCCCGUGCCCCAGUGCCCAGCAGGAGUCCCUCUGGUCCUGGACGGCUGCCAGUGCUGCCAGGUGUGUGCCCGGCAGCAGGGCGAGGCCUGCAGCGACCUGUAUGUGUGUGACAGCCAGAGAGGACUGCAGUGUGACUACAGCGCCAGCUUCCCCAGCGACCCUGGAGAGUGUGUCAGUGAGUGCCACCCUUUCCCCCUGUUGUUUUAGGCUUUAUUACUGGCAGUAAUGUGAACAGAAGGGGGAGUUAGAUGAGAGGGAUAAACAGUGGGAAGGGUGGACACAGGGAUUGAAUCCUGCCUGGUCUCCAGGGUCAUAACACAUGUGCUUGUGCCGGAAGUGUUGCCACUGGACCACAGGCUCUGCACAGUGCCACCCUUUUCUAAACAACCAGGCUAGCAGACAAAAAACGCAGAAAGGGACGGGAUACGGAGCUGAAGUCUAUGUCUGACUGUUUGUAUGAGAGGGACAAACAGACACUCUGUUUAGGGCAUAAACUCAUCCAGCCAGCUGUAGAGCGCAGGGGCUUUAGUUUGACUAUACUCCAAAACAUUUUAAACUCUGUUUUCAGUUGUGCUGUUGACACAUUUCCGCUGAUGACUGCCCAUUGAGAAUGAUACAUUGCAGAGACAACACACACGGAUUGGAAAACAGACUCCUCAGUCUCCUCAGGCCUGGGUUCCCAAAUGGCACCCUAUUCCCUGCAUAAUGCACUACUUUUGACCAGAAGUAGUGCACUAAAAAGGGGAAAAGGGUCCCAUUUGGGAAAGCCUGGUUUCCCAUAACAUCACAUAACAACCCAGAGGCUUGGCAGUAGACACGAGCCUCUUGUGUCCUUACCUCACUCUUACACAAGCUCUAUUUUUCUCUUGCUCUCGCUCUCUCUCGCUCUCGCUCUCUCUCGCUCUCGCUCUCUCUCGCUGUCUCUCUCUCUCUCUCUCUCUCUCUCUCUCUCUCUCUCUCUCUCUCUCUCUCUCUCUCUCUCUCUCUCUCUCUCUCUCUCUUUCUCUCUCUUUCUGUGAGGUUUCAUUUCCUAAUUGUAUUUUUUCCAGAGUCCAGAACAGAGCAGGGGCAAUGGUGCAGGGUAUGUGUUAGGGUUAAGGUUAGAGUGGGGCUGCCAGUCCAGGGUAAAGAGCCUCUAAGAGGGUCUCUCCAUCCUGUUCCCAGACCUGGGUUCAAAUUCUAUUUUAAAUCCUUUCUAAUAUCUGUGCUUGACUGAGUUUGCCUGGCUUGAUGAAGCAAUAGAAUAGUCCCAAAAUGUAAACCCUUCCCAUCUGGCACUCCAGGCAGGCAAAUAGUAUUUGAACCCAGGUCUGUUCUGUUUCCACCCUUCCAGGUCAGGAGGAGUUGGGCUGUGAGCUGAACGGGGUCUCCUACCAGGAUGGCCAGGUGUUUCAGCCCUCCUGUGCCACCCAGUGCCGCUGUCUGGGGGGAGGGGUGACAUGCGUGCCUCUGUGCCCUGAGGACGUCCAUCUGCCCAACCCAGUAUGCCCACACCCCCAGCGGGUACAGCUGCCUGGGAAGUGCUGCAAGGAGUGGGUCUGUGAGAACAUGGACAACACAGUAAUUCAGGAUGCCAUCACAGGUAACUGAGACAUCAGUCUAGUUUAACAGUCAUAUUCUACCCUGGUUCCAGAUAUGUUUGUGCUGUAUAGCCAACUCCCUAUGGUGGUUGGCAUUAGCUACUGUAUGCAGAUCUGGGACCAGGCUAGUCAUCCUCUGUUCUGACACAGGUUUCUGCUACUUCUUUAGAUUGGACCAUCUUGAGAGGGAACCAAUAAAAUGCUUCCCUGUGGAUCCUAAACCAUUAUUUCUGGUGUUAGCUAAACAGCUUGACAUUCAUUAGGAAUAUGGUUUUGGUCCAGCUCAGAUGUUAGCUCAAUCAAUCAAUCAAUCAAUCAAAUGUAUUUAUACAGCCGUUUUUACAUCAGCAGAUGUCACAAAGUGCUAUAUAGAAACCCAGCCUAAAACCCCAAACAGCAAGCAAUGCAGAUGUAGAAGCACUUUACAUAGCACUUUUACACACCAUUGAAUACAAGGAUGACAAAUGCUGUUCCGUUGAUCAAGCUGUAGGACAAUAUUUAGCUUCCCACGUUUAUAUGAUAUCUGUCACUGACGCUCAUAGUCUGAGGUCUUUUAUUGAGGGAUCUUUUGCAUUUUAUUGAGGUGAGUCUGGCCAAAUGAAAAGACACUAUGUCCAAAUAUAACCCCCGCAUUUCAUUGGAAAAGUCUGGCCAGAUGAAAAUGCACAUUAUUGUCAAAAUAACAAGCCCUGUUCCAACCGACCAUGUUUCCAAGGUUGCGUCCCAAAUGGCCCCCUAUUCCAUAUGUAGUGCACUACUUUUGACCAAGUAGUGCAUUAUAUAGGGAAUAUGGUGCCAUUUGGGACAAAUCCCUAGUUUCAUAACAAGACCCAUGGCUAGGCGACGCAACAAUUAAACACAAUAAGCCCAAGGUGUCUGAAAUAGUGCCAAAAACGAGUUAGGAAAAUAAAACCACUAAGAAAGAAAUAACAUCUGGAAUUUCUGACACUGUCACCCAGUCAAGCUAUGUCAAUAGCAAUGGAACAUUUUGUUCUAAGUGUUCUUGAAUUCAAAGCCUAGACCUUUUUUCAUGCUGUGUUACAGAAACAACCCCAAAAAACUGCUGAUUAUUAUGACUCAGAUCCGAUUGAAGAUGCUGUCUUAGGAAUUGAUCUCCAUCCAGAUAGCACUGCUUUUCCGUGAUAUGAAAAGACAGAAAGUUCCUUUCCAAACUGAGGCCAAUUGAGUUAUUUAGAGACAUUAUGACAUCUGAGACGCUGAUAAAAAAAACUAAAAACUAUUAACCAGGGAAGUCAUGUCAGAUGAGUUUAUUUGGCUCUGAUUGAGUUGUUAACAGCUAGAUGUCGUGACAAGUCACUCAUUCCUCAUUGUCCUAUUAGUGUGCUUGCUCGAAACACACUACUGUUAUUCCCCAUACUGAUUAUUCUUAUUUUGGACAGCUGAAGCAAGUUCUCAACUUUCCUUCAGGAAAUUCACCAUUCAGCCUAAUUUUUCUCCUGGCCUCCUCUCUCCAGCCUCCAGUUUGUGGCCAGGCUUGUCGGAUCCCUCUAACUGUAUAGACCAGAGUACAGAGUGGAGCGCAUGUUCCCAAACCUGUGGCGCUGGGGUCUCCACGCGGGUUUCCAACAAGAACCCAGCCUGCCGGCUCGAGAUGCAGAGCCGUCUUUGUAAGGUCCGACCCUGUCAGACACUCCAGCCACGCAGGAACCCCAUGGUGAGUUGAUAUCUUCCCAAACUCUCUGCCCCACGUCUCUACCCCCCUACUCUAACUCCAUAUGUCUACCCCAUCCUCAAGUGUAUUUGGGGUUAAUAGGUUAUGUUAACAGGACCCAUGCAUAAGCCUCAUGUAUGUGCUAAAAUGUGUGUUCCUGUCACCUAGACUCUACUAUAUGGGUGCAAAGUGCCCACUGCCCAGUCUGUGAAAUGGUCAUACUGGAAAACGCUUGUGGUGGAAAAAAUACCUCUCACAGAUUUAAGAAUGUGUACAGUAGAUGUAUAAUGGUUAAUGUAUUUUCUUCAGUAAGUGCAUUUGAGUUCAUUCCUAAUCUAAUAAUACAUACAUGAACCUCUAUUCUCAGCAACCAUGAGCUCAUCUAGUAGCCUAACGCUGAUGAUCUGUUUUUCAAGUGGGCCCGUCGUUGUGAGCCCAGCUACAGGUCAGUGGUGCCAGUGAGACUGGUGCACCAGGGCUGCUACAGCACACGGGUCUACCGGCCCCGGUACUGCGGCCAGUGCACCGACGCCCGCUGCUGCACCCCCUACUGGACCAGCACGGCCACGGUAGCCUUCCGGUGCCCCACUGGCAGGCUCCUUCACCGGGCAGUCAUGAUGAUCCAGUCCUGUGUCUGUCAUUACAACUGCCCCUACUCAGCUUCAUGGCCCUAUGCAGCUGGACCCUACUCAGGCUCCUCACGCUCUCACAGGAGCCAUGCCAUGUGGGGCUAGACUUGACUUUCGAUUCAAUUCUCUAGGCCCUAUGCCCCCUUGAGAACCUAGGGCGUCCACCGUGGCUCUCCACCUCAAUCUUUUCUGAAUGGCUUUUGCCUCUUGCCAGGAGAUCACUUUACUAAGUUCUUGUAGAGAUCUAGAGCCCUAUCCUACCCCUCUCCAUGCACUGACACGCCCAUACUGAGACCUGUCUACACAGGACCUGGGAGCAACACUUUUGCUAUGUUCCAAUGUCCAUACAAGUACACUCCUUCUAAGUAGUAUACCAGUAUGAAUAUUUGAAUGGAGCCGCUGUCUAUCAUGGCUGCAUCCAGCAGGUGUAGCCCACUUCACAGGAUAGAUAGAGGAAGUGAAAAUAUCUUCUAGGUAAUAAACUGUGACUGAGUCGGGGGAAUAAAGCCCUGAUAUGACUGGACAAGCUCCGCCUGCACUAAGAACUUCACUCCAUUCCACUCUAUCACAUCUCAUAAGGUGACCUCAUGAGGAAUAGAAUAGGUCAGGAAACCCUAGUUAGCUAGCCUGAUCUCAGAUAUUAGCCUGGUUUUUCUCUACAACAUGGUCACUGUCAAGCCAAACAUUUGGCAUGACAAUUCCAUAAGGA